AUGAUUUCGAAACACCGCCUAGGAUCCGGGACGUACACAAGCAACUUGUACUUCUACAGCGUCGCCCUCAACACCUGGACCCUGAAGUCAUCUGUCUCGGCGCCAUCGGGCCGACACAUGCACACCGCUGUGCUGGACUCCGCGAACCGGAGGAUGUACAUCUUCGGUGGGGGAACUCGCGGCUCAUCCAGUAGUACUGCCAACAGCCUCUUCAGCGACCUCUUCCGUUACGAUUUGGCCUCUGACUCUUGGACACAGUUGACAGGGCACACAACUCCUCGAGCACGCCAUGCAGCGGUUUGGGACAGCAACUCGGACCGCAUGAUUGUUUUCAGUGGAGAGGCAGAUGACAAGACAAAGCUGGGGGAUGUGUUGGAGUACGAUCCUGCUUCGGACACAUGGAGCUCUCCCACCAUCAGCGGGAGCGCUCCGGUAGCGCGAGUUGAGCCUGUGGCCGUGUGGGAUGCAACAUCCAAUUCAAUGCUGAUGUGCUGUGGGGAAGGAGACGUAGAUGUGUACAGUCCCUUCACAGACAGCACCGCCAGCGCCUACAACGACUUGUGGAGCUACGUCCGUGGCUCUGGUUGGACUGAGCUGGUGCAAUCGGGCAGCUUUACCCAACGAUAUGCAGUUGCAGCUGCUUGGGAUGCAGCCGCACGAUCACUCGUAGGCUUUGGUGGGUACUGGUAUGGGUCGAGUGGCAACUACCUAUCUUCAAUAUUCUCCUACUCUGUCGCCACCAGCAGCUUCAGUGAGUAUGAUGUUCCAGGAGCGCAGGACUGCGGCAGGGCAGUGUGGAAUCCUGCCGCUGGGGACUUCUACUUUUUUGGCGGAUGGGAUGCACAAGCAGGCGGCUACUCUGACGAGCUUUGGAGGAUGGAUGCAGCACAAGGCAACAAAGGGACGCAAUUAAUUGUGCUGACCCUUCACAUGCCUGGAUGUGUUCGUUGUUUCGCUGCAUAUUCUGAUGAAAGCAUUGAUUGGACACACCUCUCCCGACUUUGGCCACCGGCUCUUCAAAGGCACACGCUCAUCUUCGAGGAGGUGAGCCAGGGGAUUUUCCUCUUUGGCGGCCAGGGCUAUGGAACGCCGACUUACUCGAGUAAGUUGUACUUCUACAGCAUCACCUUGAACGCAUGGACCCUGAAGUCAUCUGUCGCGGUGCCACCGGGCCGACACAUGCACACUGCGGUGCUGGACGCCACGAACCGGAGGAUGUACAUCUUCGGUGGGGGAACUCGCAGCUCAUCCAGUAGUACUGCCAACAGCCUCUUGAGCGACCUCUUCCGUUACGAUUUGGCCUCUGACUCUUGGACACAGUUGACAGGGCACACAACUCCUCGAGCACGCCAUGCAGCGGUUUGGGACAGCAACUCGGACCGCAUGAUUGUCUUCGGUGGAGAGGCAGAUGACAAGACAAAGCUGGGGGAUGUGUUGGAGUACGAUCCUGUUUCGGACACAUGGAGCUCUCCCACCAUCAGCGGGAGCACUCCGGUAGCGCGAGUUGAGCCUGUGGCCGUGUGGGAUGCAACAUCCAAUUCAAUGCUGAUGUGCUGCGGAGAAGGAGACGUAGAUGUGUACAGUCCCUUCACAGACAGCACCGCCAGCGCCUACAACGACUUGUGGAGCUAUGUCCGUGGCUCUGGUUGGACUGAGCUGGUGUCAUCGGGCAGCUUUACCCAGCGAGAGUGUACUGCAGCUGCAUGGGAUGCAACUACACGAGCAAUUGUAGGCUUUGGUGGGUACAGGUCGGGUGGCAACUACCUAUCUUCAGUAUUCUCCUAUUCUGCAGCCAGCAACAGCUUCAGCGAGUAUGAUGUUCCAGAUGCAACGGAUGGAGCGGCGGCAGCUUGGGACUCACGGGCAGGUGAUUUCUACAUGUUCGGAGGUUGGGCCGAAAACACGGGUGCCUACUCGGACAAGCUGUGGAGGCUGAAUACCACUGCAGGCUCUUGGUUUCUACUCGCACCUCCAAGUGGACCGCCCGCCCUCGGCAGACCAACGCUGGUCUUUGAUGAGGUAGAUGAAGGGAUCUUAAUGUUCGGCGGCCGCGACGGGACGUACACAAGCAACUUGUACUUCUACAGCGUCAGCCUGAACACGUGGAUGUACAUCUUCGGCGGGGGAACUCGCGGCUCAUCCAGUAGUACUGCCAACAGCCUCUUGAGCGACCUCUUCCGUUACGAUUUGGCCUCUGACUCUUGGACACAGUUGACAGGGCACACAACUCCUCGAGCACGCCAUGCAGCGGUUUGGGACAGCAACUUGGACCGCAUGAUUGUUUUCAGUGGAGAGGCAGAUGACAAGACAAAGCUGGGGGAUGUGUUGGAAUACGAUCCUGCUUCGGACACAUGGAGCUCUCCCACCAUCAGCGGGAGCGCUCCGGUAGCGCGAGUUGAGCCUGUGGCCGUGUGGGAUGCAACAUCCAAUUCAAUGCUGAUGUGCUGCGGAGAAGGAGACGUAGAUGUGUACAGUCCCUUCACAGACAGCACCGCCAGCGCCUACAACGACUUACGGAGCUAUGUCCGUGGCUCUGGUUGGACUGAGCUGGUGCAAUCUGGCAGCUUUACCCAACGAUAUGCAGUUGCAGCUGCUUGGGAUGCAGCCGCACGAUCACUCGUAGGCUUUGGUGGGUACUGGUAUGGGUCGAGUGGCAACUACCUAUCUUCAAUAUUCUCCUAUUCUGCAGCCAGCAACAGCUUCAGCGAGUAUGAUUUUCCAGGAGCACAGGACUGCGGCGCGGCAGUGUGGAACCCCACUGCUGGAGACUUCUACGUGUUCGGAGGCUGGAACAAAGAAGCGGGCAGCUACUCUGACGAGCUCUGGCGGAUGGAUGCAGAAGAAGGCCAGUAUGAGGGAUGCAAAGCAGUGACCUACUGCCCUUUGCCCAAGUGCCCUCCCAAAGACUCCGCCUUCACCAGCCCCUGA